CUAUAGGUGUGCAACUUGGCGCUGACGUCAUUAAUGGAUUACUCUUUGAUUAUUCCGUUUGGCCCUGCUGCCCUGCGCGCUACUGACGCACUGGUUGGAAGUGGGUCGGCUUUGGAUUAGUGAGUGAAGGUUGUAGUUUGGAUGCUGGUUGAAGGAGCAGACUGUCUGCCUGUGCAUGGUUACAGUUUGUCUCAUUCAAACUACAGACUGGAAGCUUUCCUUCCUGCUUGUCACCUGCCCCCCCUGAAAUUGUCCUCCUGUCCUUAUUUCACCAUCUGGAAGCUCCACCUUUGCAAUAUGGCAGAGGCCCUAGCUUCCACCUCCUCUGAGGAUGGCCUGCCUCUGCAAUGGAAACUUUCCAAUCAACGAAGCCGGAAAUCUGGAUGCUCCAACAUCUUUACAGGACUCAACCUGCACCAGCUGCACAGGCUGUUUAGAACAGCAGGAGACAGGGACGCUGAACAUCGGGCUAAGCUGGUGUGGCGAGGGAUGGAUGCAGAUAUAGAGGGUGCACAGGAGGUGAAGGAGGAGGAAGGGGAGGACAGCAAGGAAGAGGCAGGGCUGGCCCAGGCCUUGGUGGGGCUCCGAGUACGAGCGAGGAACAAAUCUGGUAUCAGAGCGGAGGGACACCGAGACCACAAGGGGCUGAGAGCAUCAGGUUAUCUCAGGAUUGAGGAGUCAUUAUCCGGCAACCCUGUCGAGGAUGAGGAGGCUGACAUAGGGCACAGUUCUGCGACUGAGGAAGACAUCUCAGAGAACCAAAACCCCUUUAAACCCUCCUCGUGGAGGUUAGGUGUGGCAAGACAUGAGGGUGUGGGUCCCUCUGAACGCUACCUUCACCGCAUCAUCCACUAACAAUGACUAAAUGGACGGAACUGUGUUCAACACAUAGUGGUGGAAGCCAAAGUCAUGAAAUACAGGAUUGAUUCAACAUGAAAGGGCACACUGUAUUAUUACUGUCAGCACCUUCCGCUAAUAUGUACUCUACAUGUUAGACUCCAGCAUAAAGAAAUACCGGAGAACUUGGGUAAAUCUGGGGAAUAGUCCAAAAAUUUAAAUGUGUGUCUGCUCCAAUGCACACAUGAUUGGUGUUUCAAUUGCCAGAUAACUCAUGAUGUAUUAUCACUAUCAUCGUAACAGGAUAUUGAACACUGGAUCAAGAUCACUUUAACAGCAUUUGUAGCGGGAAUGUUUUGUGUUUUUGUGACUUAAUACUAAAAUAAACUUCUAAAUGAAGAUGC